UUAAUGUUACUAUUCUCUGUCAUUUUUGAUAAGAUGAAAUAAGUGAAAUGACACAAAUUUUAGAGUUUUUGGAAAAAAAUGUUAGUUCUCCCAAUAAAAGUAAUUCAAUGAAUCAAAGAAUUUUGUCAAUUAUUUCUCCGAGAGUGGAAGAAAUUAUUGCUUCUUUUAUCGUUUACAUUAUUUCUAAACAAGAGACAUCAGUUUACCUCAAUUUCAAGAGGGGGGAGGGGGCGCUUGCUGUGCCCCUUUAAAUCCGCCACUGUAAAAAAUGUAUUAAUUACCAAAACGUGUCGCCAUCAAAACGACUUCAAAGGUGAUUGUAAAGAGGAUUCAUAUUACCGUAUUGCUAUUGUUUUAAUUUGCCACAAUCCGGAAGACAAGCCCCUGUGGUGUUAUAUUUUAUAAACUAUGGCGCAAUAGUUUAUAAAAUGUAAAUUGGCUUAAGAACUACUUGUCCUUAUACUACUGCUGAGCCCUAAACAGCUGUGGGAUUUUGAUUCUAAUUUUCAGGGUUUCGGUUUAUUUUGGAGAUUUGUGUAACAUGUUGAUCUGGAACUGGUUUAUCCGGAAUUUGUAUUUCAACUGUUACGGUUCGACAUUUAGCGACAGAUCAAUCUUAUCCCGUUGGCGAUACCCAAAAAGUACAAAAUUUGAAAAAUUGAAGAUCACAGGCAAUUAAGUGGUAAUAGUAAUGGUACGAAAAACUAAACCCAAGAGAAAAACUACCGAAAAACCCAAGACAAGGAACGAUUUAAUAACGUCAAGGAAAGGUAGAAAAAAAAAUUCAAAACCCUCUUUAAGUGAUGUUAAAUGUGAACAAAGGAAAACCCGAGGGCAGACCUCUGUCAAAUCAACUGAUGAAAACACGGGACACAACAGUAAAACAAGCACUUCUAGAAAGCCAAAGAUCAGAAAUGAUAUGCUGCAACAAAAUAAAAACAAAGAUGAGGAAAAUUCAAAACCAUCUGUAGGUGAUGUCGUUAAAAAGGAAAAAGGAAAUACCCAGUUCAAAACAGCUGAUGAAGAUGAAGACUGCAGCAGAAACAAGGGAGAGAAACACGAGGAGCCAGGCGAUGAUUCUACAAAACCUAUUGUUUGUGAGCUUUGUCCAUCCAUUUUAAAGAAUGUAAAAUCUUACAAGGAACACCAGAAGAUUCACACACGAAAAACACAUAAAUGCAAAGAGUGUGGGAAAUUCUUCAGGUAUGAAAGCGUUUUAAGGGAGCAUUAUCUGAUGCAUACAGGAGAAACACCUCACCAAUGCCAACACUGUCCUAAGAAGUUCCGCACUAAGAGCAAUAUGAAAAGGCAUUUGAUUAUACAUGGCAUACAUAGUGAGAAACGAGGGUUAUACAGGUGUCAGUGCGAUAUCUGUGGGAAAAUGCUGCGCUUUUCGUCAAAUUUACUGGCACACAAGAAAUCACACGAAGAGGAGAGGCCAUUUAUGUGUGUGGAGUGUGGAAAACAGUUCAAAAUGAAAGCACAUUUAGAUAACCAUAUGUCAUACCAUCUUAAAAUUGAACCCCAUGAAUGUGAAACAUGUGGAAAGAAAUUUCGGGACAAGUCAAACUUAAGAAAACACCAACUUAUUCACAAGGGAGACAGACAUUUCAAAUGCGACAUUUGUGAUUGGACAUUUCUUAGAAAGGAUCAGUUGAAAAUGCAUCAACGAACUCACACAAAACUUUCCUUCCAGUGCGCAGUAUGUGAAAAACAAUUCAAAACAGAGGCUUAUUACAAGAUGCAUUUGUCACAACAUGCCUUUGGAAACAAUUAUCUUUGUGAUAUCUGCAACAAAUUUUACAGCAGCAAUUCUAAUUUGAAAAUGCAUAUGAAAACAUGUCAUGGGACUUCCAAAUCUGUUGAUGUCAAAGUUAAAAAGGAAAAGAAUUUGCAUACUGUAAAGAAAGAGAGUGGGGGCCACAGCAAGAUGGAAGUUAUCACGGUUUUAGUUUUGAAGGAAAAGGAGAAUGUUGCAUCCAUUUUUAAACAUGUCCCACAAAGCCCUACAAAACAAGAGAAAACAAAUGAACCUGAAAUUUCCAAUGAAAAAUCUUAUAUUCAGGAGCAAGACAAUAUGACAGAAAACAAUACUGCUCCUUGUAAAGCCGAAAUCAGCAUCGAGGAAUCUGUCAGUCCUAAACAGUGUACUCUGGGAAAUGAAGAUUCAAAAGAUGAGAAAUCUAAGAUUGCCAGUGACAAAUCUGCCACUCUUGAACAAGACAAUAGGGUAGAGCUGGUAGAUAAAGCAGACAGCAGUGCCACAUCACCCAACACUGAGCUAGGACAGAGUGAGAUGAUAGAUAAAGCAGACAGCAGUGCCAUGUCACCCAACACUGAGCUAGGACGGAGUGAGAUGAUAGAUAAAGCAGACAGCAGUGCCACAUCACCCAACACUGAGCUAGGACGGAGUGAGAUGAUAGAUAAACCAGACAGCAGUGCCAUGUCACCCAACACUGAGCUAGGACGGAGUGAGAUGAUAGAUAAAGCAGACAGCAGUGCCACAUCACCCAACACUGAACUAGGACGGAGUGAGAUGAUAGAUAAAGCAGACAGCAGUGCCAUGUCACCCAACACUGAGCUAGGACGGAGUGAGAUGAUAGAUAAAGCAGACAGCAGUGCCACAUCACCCAACACUGAGCUAGCACAGAGUGAGAGGAAACUUGAAGGAGAACCCAAUGAUACUGAGGGUGCCCCUGAAAUAUCUCUUGAUGAAGGAACAAAUAUCAUGGAAGAAUUCAAAGGCAAACCUGAAAUACAGUCUAAUCUACAUGUAGCUGUAAACCAGUCUGAACUGGUUCAAAAUGAAGAGAAACUUACAGCUACACAAAUUGAGGGAGGUGUGAAAUAUAUCCAAAUUUACACGGAUGGCCGGUUACACACUCUAACAAGUGUGAAAUCCAGUGCCAUGCAAAAUUCUUAGGCGACAUAUUUCUGACUUGCACUUCAUUAUACAAGUGGUCUACGGUUGUAUAUAAGCUUCCUCCUCAAUUUUCAACUUAUUAAGUAAUAGGUAAACAUGCAAACCCCAUAACAACUUUAUAACAUAGUUUCUUUAUGUAUGUAAAUGACGACUGUACCAUGCUUUCAGAUGAAAAAAGAAAUGUUGAAAUUUUAUAUACAUGCAUGUGGCAGUCCUGUUCAAAGGUUGUUUCCUUCUCUCCUGAUUUGUAUUUCCCCCCACAGUCUUAUAAGAUGAUAGGGGAGGAGUGUGGUGGACAGUCUGUAAAAGGUAGUAUAUAUAUGAAUGUGUAAAUUAUGAUGCAUGUGAUUUAAGUGUAUAGAAUAUGUUUGUAUUCAAGAUAUUAAAUUUAGUUACCAUGGCAUGUAAUUACCUGUACUGUAUUUCUACCGACAUUUGUCCGUAACCUUGUAAGGCACCUCACUAUUUUAAAUUUCAUGAAAAUUGGGCCCUUCUAUUAUGCUUUGUAGGUCAUCUGACUCCAUCUUCGCUAACCAAGGCUUUACAGUCUGCUUCUCUACAACUCUUGGCUGCGUUAGCACGAUUUUUGUAGCUUUGAGUGGUGUUCUCUAGCGGAUGGAGAAAACAAACUCUGUUUGGAUUACAUCAUGUUCAACCAAUGAAAAUGCGUUUUUCAACUACACUUUGUGUGUUAAUUGUUAAAAUAAAAAUGGCUGCAACCAG